GUUAAACGUACCAUUUUCACUCUCCCUCUUUGGACUUAAUAAAACUCUCGGACUUAUCUGUUCUCGAUGGCGUUAUCAGCUUUGGUACCGGGCCAUUCGCCCCAUCAGCACUUCGCACAACAUGCAAUGAUGCCGGACCACGCCCGUAUGAUAAGCGAGCACAAUCGGGGGUCGUCUCUAACCGUGAUCACACCCACUUGCAACAGAUUCGACCAGAGCAAGAUGCCCCACGGAGCACCCAUGUUGAGCCCCGGCUGGUCUCCUGCUCACGUCACGCCACCGUGUACUACGUCACCAGAUUAUGCGCUCCUGCAAGCAAUGUGCCGCCAGAAUCUAGCCUUCAGCCAUCACCAAGUCAGUCUGGAACAGGCAGCAUACGCCUCAGCCGUAGAAUACGACCUCCGAAUUCACCAAGCAAAAUUGAUCCGUGAUAUGCAGCAGCAGAUGCAGACUAUGCAGAAAACGUCACAGCAUAUUCCGAUGACAUCACAUCCAUCCCAACAUCCAUUCAUGCCUGCUGGUCUCCCGAAGCAGCUUUCACCACCUCCAGCCGAAGAAGCCGAGCUUCCAUGGUGGAGCGUGCAGCCGCAGACAAAAGUACCACAAAACUCUGCGCCUAUGUCUGCACCUCUGUCGCCACUUUCGCCGAACUUCAAACUCGGAAUGCCGCCAAAUAUGGUCUUGCCCAACAGCCAAGCAGACGUAAAAAUGGCCGCCAUGUUUGCCGGCGGGAAACCGACCAUCGUGACAGCCAGGAGGUGCAGACGGUGCCGCUGUCCGAACUGUCAAAAUGCCACCAACUCCGGCAGUCCGAACAAAAAGAAGCAGCAUAUCUGUCACAUCCCAGGAUGCGGAAAGGUUUACGGGAAGACAUCGCACCUGAAAGCGCAUCUCCGCUGGCAUACCGGGGAACGCCCGUUCAUUUGCAACUGGUUGUUUUGCGGGAAGAGUUUCACGCGUUCCGACGAACUACAGCGACACCUGCGGACGCACACGGGUGAGAAGAGGUUUGUCUGCCAAGAAUGCAACAAGAGAUUCAUGCGCAGCGACCAUCUCAGCAAACACGUUAAAACGCACGAAAAUAAACGGAGUAAAACGAAAUGUUCCGAAGACGACAAGGAAUUAGACGUUGAGGGCGACUGUGAUGACGUCAUGGUUGACUCAAACUCUGACUCGGAAGUAGAUUCGUACGGCUCUGACUCUGAAUGUGAAAAUGUCAUUGUGGAUGUGUAGUGCUAUUUUUCCUGGGUUCAGGCUUUUAAAACGGCUUUAUGUUGGAAUAAAACGUCCAGUCACAAAUCAGAAUAUGCAAUUGUGGCGUCCGUUUGACACCGCAACUGGACACACUGAACUUAUUGAUUCAUCACGUUAAUGGAUUAUCAGACAUUUAAGAACAUUCUACAAUAGCUAAGCAGCGUCUGUGAUAAAAAGGAUGUUAUUCUGAGUUUGCAAUGCAUGCCGACACUAAAACAUAUGGCAUAGUUCUUGUGGCCGUGAAGCGGAACUAGAUGGCAGCACUGAUCCAUAUUGACAUAUCAUUAUCAUAUUAUUAUAAGACAAGUGCUGCCGUCUAUAAUUUAGCACGUCACGACAUCAUUUGUCACAGUAAACUUUUCCGCCUCUGUUGAAUGGGAAAAAAAUCACUAUGAAAGGGACACUGUCCUCACUUUACGAAAUGCCACUAGUGGUAAUAGCUGUACAUUUCCUUAAACUUCAAAAGGACAAAUGUGUUGUGCAGUGUUCCUUUAAUGGCAUAUUUUCAUCUGCAAUACAAAAACAAUGGUGCUAAUUUGUGCAACUCAACACGUGCGUAAUUCAUGCAACGGAAGUAUCCAAAGCUAGACUUCAAAUACACUGUACAUAUAGGAGCAAUUCGGUACAUGUUGGGAUGCUUUGCCAUGUCAUGGGUCAAGAAUCACCUGCAUGUAUCAUAUAUUUUAGGCCGGGUCUAUUUGGCAAGCCGCUCGCCGAACAGGCAUCUUUUUUUGUCUUGUUUGGAGAGCCGCUUGCCAAACAGCACUAAAAAGCCGCCCUGUUCGACCAGCCGGGCUUGCCAAACAGGUAAAAAAUCUACCCUGUUUGGCGAGCUGGAGACUUUACUUUAAUAUUAAUGAGUUCGGCUCUCCAUUCAGGACAAGAAAAAGUCGCUGUUUGGUAAGUCGGGCUUGCCAAGUAGUCACCUCCUAUAUUUUAAAGGCUUACGCCGUUCGUAAAGAAAUUGAAAUUUCUAACUGAAUUAAAAAAAUUCCUAAUGGGUAAAUAAAUACCAAAUAUAAAUUUCAGCCAUGCCAUUGAAGAGAAAAAAAUACAAAUAAUAUUGAUACAUGUACAAAGUUUCAGCGAAUUUGUAUGCAUAGUAAUUGCACUACAGCCUUGUGUACAACUGCAUUUCUAUUUUCUAUUUUUUGACCACCAGUAAUUACGAAUGGCGGACUCCUUCAAAAGGAAUACCUGAGACAAUACCACCAUUGAAUAUUCAUAGGUUGGAGGGUCGAGGCCUAUCAAUUAGACGAGUGCAUGUUUUUAACUCUCAAGUACAUAUUUGGAGAGGUAUUGAAAAAAUAUUUGCUGUGGCAAGUCUACAGAUAUAAAGAAAUUAUUUGAUGAAAAAAUUAAUUUCGAAUUUUGCUAAUUUGGUAAUAGGGGGCGUGUUUUGAGAUUUUUCUGCCAGUUAGCUGAAAAGAGUGAAAAUAUCGAUGUCUGUCUAAUUUGUCGAUUAUCAAAAAAUUUCCGUGGUCAACUACCAGUUUACCUUUUACCAUUUACUUGCCCGACUGUCCGGAAUAUCAUAUCAAAAUUCCAGAUUCAUAACCCCACGCAGUAUUUCAUGCGUCGCGGUCAAACAUUGACAAUUUAACUGCUAAAAGGCUUAAAAAAUCAAUGGUGGUCUUGUCUCACCUUGUAAACAGAUUAUUACCGGUUCCAUAAUACGCACGUGCUGAAUUGCCUCAACGUAUUAUUAUGCCAUCCUGAGGAUAACCUUAGGAUGAUAUUUUGCCAAAGCUGUAAAAAUCAUAUAAUUUGUUUUUUUGUUGAAUUACAAUUCUUUAUUGAACGGUUAUUUAUGUUCAAUUGCGAUUCUUUUUUGAACAAAAUGUAACAAAAGAUUUUCAGAAUUAUUAUAAAUAAA